GUGUGCCGCGGGCGCGCAUGUUUGUAAACAAAAACUUUGCAUAAAACGUUUUGCUCGUCGUUUUCCUCAGCGUGAUAUUUUUGAAAUAUUUGAAUAAUUUACAAUAAAUAAUGGCAGAUAAAAAGUCUGGUCCAAGCGGUCCAGGAGGCGCUGGUGGUGGCGGAGGCGGUGGUGGCGGCGGCGGUGGAGGAGGUGGCGGUGGUGGCGAUAACAAGGAAAAGCGCCGGAAGGAAUCGAUUCUGGAUCUGAGCAAAUACCUGGAAAAGACCAUCAGGGUUAAAUUCUCCGGUGGUCGAGAGGCGGCCGGUGUUCUGAAGGGUUACGACCCGUUGCUCAACCUGGUGCUGGAUAAUACGGUGGAGUUCCUGCGUGAUCCGGAUGACUACAAGUUGGCGGAGGACACAAGGCAUCUGGGGCUGGUGGUUUGUCGGGGGACAUCGGUGGUGUUGAUCUGCCCACAGGAGGGCAUGGAGUCCAUUCAGAACCCGUUCAUCACGCAGGAAGGCUGAGGUUGGUGGUUGGAGUUAUUUUUGGGGAUUUCUCGGGAAGAAAUGGAUCAGAAUCAUCUGUUUUCCGUCAAUUUAUUUUGCGUUCAAAAGUUUACGAAACUUUAAAGAUGAUUCACAGUAAACUCAGUUCAGUUCACUCAAAUUUGUACAAUUUCCAUUAACACUUCUUGAUUGAUUCCAACCACUUUCCAUAGUUUUUUUUUCAGUAAUUUAUAACAGAACUUAAACGACUUCUACUGCUUUCCAUCUGCAUUUUCUGUUCUUCUGUUUGGCACCUAAAAAUAAGCCUUACAAACGAAUUAACCGUACAGUCUAUAAUUUAAAUAUUGCAACAAAUAAAUUUAACGAAACAAUAAACUUAAGAGCUAUUUCAA